AUGUGUUUGUUGUUGUUGUUGUUGUUGUUUGUUUGGCUUAAUGGAAUUAUCCAACAAAUUUGCAGGUUAAAAGGCUUUUUAGUAUCUUGCUAAAAAGAACUUGGGAGAUGACUGUUCGAUCGAAUAGUUUUAAAGGAACACAUUUGGAAACUAUAGUACAAUCGAAUAAUGGAAUCGAUGAGAUGACAAGGAAGAAUUCGAUAAAUUUAAGGAACUGUGAUCCAAAGAAACUGAUGUUAGAGACAACUCUAUCAUUCAAGAAUCUGGUUCAAGACUUAGAUAUAUCAGAAUGGAACGAAAAAAAGACGAGAGCAACAGUUUCAUUAUCCGAGCCUUCGAUUCUGUUUUCUCCACGACCUGUUAGUGAGCUUGAUGCUGCUGCUGUUAAGCUUCAGAAAGUGUAUAAGAGUUAUAGGACAAGAAGAAAUCUUGCAGAUUGUGCUGUUGUGGUUGAAGAACUAUGGUGGAAGGCUUUGGAUUUCGCAGCUCUCAAACGGAGUUCUGUUUCGUUCUUCAACGUGGAGAAACCAGAAACUGCUGUAUCGCGGUGGGCUAGAGCACGUACACGAGCUGCCAAAGUUGGUAAAGGAUUGUCAAAAGAUGAAAAGGCUCAGAAACUUGCUCUGCAGCAUUGGCUAGAAGCUAUUGAUCCACGACACCGGUAUGGUCACAAUUUACACUUCUACUACGAUAUCUGGUUCGAAAGUGAAAGCUCUCAACCUUUCUUCUACUGGUUGGAUGUUGGAGACGGAAAAGAAAUAAAUCUCGAGAAGUGUCCUAGGACCAAUCUGCAGCAUCAAUGCAUCAAGUAUCUUGGACCGAAAGAACGUGAAUCGUAUGAAGUAGUUAUUCAGGAUGGGAAACUCGUCUAUAAACAAAACGGUGUCUUUGUGGAGACAGUAGAGGGUUCAAAAUGGAUCUUUGUUCUUAGCACAACAAGAACAUUGUACGUAGGAAAAAAGAAAAAAGGUGUGUUUCAACACUCGAGUUUUCUAUCAGGUGGUGCAACCACUGCUGCUGGUAGACUCGUUGCUCAUGAUGGUGUUUUGAAGGCUAUUUGGCCAUACAGUGGACACUAUCACCCCACAGAAGAGAACUUCCGGGAAUUCAUUAUUUUCCUUGAGGAGCAUAGCGUAGAUCUUACAAACGUUAAGAGAUGUUCUGUUGACGAUGAUGAUCAUUCGUUUAGAGUUAACAACGAGGGCUCAAAUCACCAACCACUCAUUACUAAAGAAUCACCCAAGAGAAGCACUUCUGAUGCAAAUGAUCAAACAGAGGAGAAAGCAGAGGUCACUACAACUGAUGAUGAACGCGAAAACAAGAAACAUGAAGACACAUCGUUUAGCUUUGCUAAACGUUUGUCUCGAAAAUGGUCAACAGGAAACGGACCUCGUAUUGGCUGUGUUAGGGAAUAUCCAACAGAGCUACAGUUCCGAGCACUUGAACAAGUUAACUUGUCACCUCGUGUUGCUAACGGAGGUUUCAACAUGUAUGGUCCGAUCCCCUCACCAAGACCAAGCCCGAAGAUUCGUCUUUCUCCUAGGAUUGCAUAUAUGGGACUUCCUAGUCCAAGGACACCUAUUGCAGCAGCUAACUAAAGCAACAUUUUACAUUUGCACCAGCUGAUGAUGCCUCGAAAGCAGGUUUCAGUAUCCGACCCAUCUCUUUAGCUCGAUCAGGACCACGAGUCACAUUCAUUUGUUCGUUUAUAGUAUCAUGACCUCUGACUACAGACGGAGAAGUAGAUGCAACAAACUAACUAAAAUCGUUAUUUAUUCGUUCAUUCAUGUUUGAUUUAUUUGUACAAGAUGGCUUCAUUUAGCCUAAUUAAUCAUCUUUUAUCAAAGUUUUGAAGGAUGGCUUUGAUUAACAUUUGUACAGUUUUUUCAUUUUUUUUUUAGCAUCAAUGAAUUGAAGUUGAAUUGAUAGCUCUUUAUCAGUA